AUGGAAAACAUUCCAACUGAACACAUUUUGUUAGUGAAAAAAACGUGGGAAAAAGCUUCGAGCAAUUUAUUUGACUUCAGUGACGAAAUCAUGUAUCGCUAUUUCCGAAAAUAUCCCGAAUACCUGAGAUUUUUCCCCAAAUUUGCGGAAAUUUCGUUGGAUGACCUCAAAGGAAAGGCGAUUUUUCGUGCUCAUGGCUCUCGGAUUGUUUCGCAGAUCAGCACGGCAGUCGAUUGUCUCGAUCACGACGGCGGAUUGGAUGAAAUUAAGGACUUUUGGCACAAAAUUGGCGAGUUGCAUCGACGGAAAAGGAUCAACAAGCAACAAUUGCUGCAAUUGCGGGACGUAAUAAUCGCAGAAGUGUUGGAAGCGAAUGUCGGAAGUUACUCGAUGCGAGAAAUAAAGCAAGCUUGGAUCAAAUUUUUUGCUGUUAUGUAUGCGCCAGCCUUUGAUACCAUCGAGAUGAUGAAUUGGAAGGAGUAUUUUGGGAGUGACGUCAUCGAAGAUGACAUUUAG